AUGAAAUCGAAAGAAGCUCUAUAGAUAUAAGGGAUUGCAUCAUUCCCGAAUCCCCGACGUCACCACGUCAGAAGGCGGAGAGAGGGAAGCUCAGUGUGCGUCCACGGGUGUGAACUUGGUCUCCCCGCUCCCAGCCACCUUUCUUGUCUGUCGCUUUCCACAUUUUCUGCUUUUACCCUUCCUUCAUCUCGAUUUAAUUCUAUCAUCCUCUUCAUCUGUGGAAUAAGAUAUGGCUCCUCCUCCUCCUCCCUCCGCAACCAUGCCUCUGGUCGAGAGACUCAAGGCCUUGGCCCAGACCCUACAGUUUGCCUGGUUCGUUGGACAUGUGACACUUUUGCUCUCCGUCUUCCGCUACUCCCUGUCUUGCAUCUUCUUUAAUUAUUACUCCUCCUCGGCACAGAUUGCCUACCGUCUGACUUUCAUUUCGGCCGCCGUGACUUAUGGAAUCGUCGUGUACAAGGGCCACUUCGCCCGGGGUGUCCAGGGCAGCCCUCUGGCAAUUGUGAUGAAGCUCAUCUCUGAUGAGAAUGUGCAAUACCUUGGGAUGGCUCUGGUCUGGCUGUACUCGCGCCAGCUCAUCCUGGCUCUUCUGCCUUUCAGCGUCUACUCGGUCUUCCACGUCGCAACCUACAGCCGCAUGUACUUGAUCCCUACUCUGCAGCCCGCUGCUCCGGCCACCCCUACCUCCCCCACCUCCUCCAGCUCCAAGCCCGCUGCCAAGCAGUCUCCCCUUGCCGAGACCAUUGGACGGUUCAUCAAGCAAUACUACGAUGCCAGCAUGGGUGUCGUCGCUACCCUCGAGAUCGCCCUGCUGUUCCGCCUUGUUCUGUCCGCUAUCACUUUCUCCAAGGGUAGCUGGGUGCUCCUGGUCGUCUACCUGUCUUUCUUCCGCGCCCGCUACGCGCAGAGCUCCUUCGUCCAGCAGGCUGUCCGCCAGCUCACCGCCCGUGCCGAUGCCACCGUCUCCCACCAGAGCACUCCUCCUCAGGUUCGCCAGGGCUGGGAGGCCAUCAAGGGUAUUGUGCGCCAGGGCUACGAGGCCACCGAUAUUGGCCGCUACAUCUCUGGCCCUACCGCUGCCAAGAAGCCGCAGUAAAUGUCGCUAUGGUGAUGUGCCAGACACCUUGCUUUGCAAGCUGGAGCUCAUGACGUUAGGAAAGAACGUGGGUUCUCCGGUUGCAAGAUUGCUUAACGAAGGUGGCUGGUGCAAGACAUAAUAUUACAGCUUUAUCUUUCCCAUUGGCAUGUUCCCGCCUGAGUGAAGAACAUGGAGGAUGUCGGAGUAUGGGACGCCCAGGUCCUGACUGUAGAAAAGAGGCGGACGCGGAGGAAUUCCCGCCAUGAUGAUGCUAUACGCAACGACUUGUGUUUAUUAUUUCUAGAGUAUUGCGAUGCAUAGUUUCUGUAUUUGCUUUCCUCUUGUCAACAUACCUUGUUUCGGAUUCA